GUUAAUUAACAAUUAAGAGCAUUUCUAUUUGACCUAUAUUUUGGACAACUUGUUAUCCCUAUGAAUGCAAUGAUCCGUUUACCAAUAAACAUUGUCAAAUCUUACAACUUCUCAUAGACAGAGAAUCUGCUGAAGCAAACAGAAAACAUGUGAUAGUGAAAAGUGAGAAAGAGAGGACCAAUUUAACAAAGAAAUUAGUUAAUCUUAAUGGUGCAAAGAGUUGGACUAUUGGCCCAUUUUAAACCAAGAGUUGAGGAUUGUAUUGAGGGUUUUUAUGGUGCUAGAUUAUAUUCACAUGUCGACCAAACGGAACAUGCUUAAGUUCCUGACACAUAAACUAAAAUCUCAAACAUUAAAUGAAGUACAACCUUACACAGAAAAGGAAGAUGAUGAUCGAGACUCAGGUACAGAAUCGGACGAAGAAAACGAAGAUGAUUGUAUAGAAGCAGAUGAAUUUAAUAAUAACAAAUGUAGACGAUCGUUACCAAUACCCGUAAACCAGAAUUCAACAACAGUAUGGGGGUCAACACAUGAAAUCAGUGAGCAUAAUUUGGACAGAAUAAGUUGUACGUCUGACUACAACUUGGACAGUAUUAGUUGUACAUCUGACUACGAGAGACAAAGUUUAGACUUUGAGCAUCAUAGCUCAGAAGAGGAAUUAGAAAUUCUUCAUAAGGAAUUCGUAGCGGAAAAACGAAAACGUUUACAACCAAAUCGACAUUGUGAUAGUGCGUCAGACGAAGAAGUGAAAGAAUUCAUGUUACAACCUCAGCCCAUCAAUUUCAGCUCUUCCCCACCAAAAGUUGUUCACACACAAAUUACUCCUGUAACAGUUAUGACGAUAUCGUCACGGAAAAGACAUCGUCAAAAUACUACCUCUGAUUCUUCACCUAUGGACUCUUCUCUUCAUCGACCUUCUCUGGAUUUUGAAAAAAUGCAGUUGUUAAAUUUUUAUCUUCAGAAAAAUGCAGUUAAAAAACAGUGUACUCAUGGCUUAGGUAGAGCAAAAAUUGUUAAAAUUAAGACGGUAAAUGCAAAUAGCAAAUCUGCCAAAUCAGAUCCUGGAAUGUUUACAUUUAAAUCCAUCAGUAGUAAUUCUUACAGUUCCAUGACACCUGUGGAAGAACCAUCAUGUGCAUACUGAACAUUAUGAAGUUCAAGAUUAUCAUAAUAACAGUAUGAUGUUCAAGAUUAUCAUAAUGUCUAAUGAUGAAGUUCAGGAUUACAGACUGAAAAAUGGCUUGUGAUAGAGUUCAAGAUCAGAUAUAAACUUAAAACAAUUACUCCUUCAAUGAACAAAUGUGUUAUUUAUUAACUAUUUAUUUGUUAUUUGUCUUGUGUACAGAGGAGGAAAACAUUUAGUGAUAGUUUUAAUUUUUCAAAUCACGAGAUUUUCAUAGCAUCAUUACAAUUAUCAUAUGACUAAUCAUGAGGAAGGUCAAUUGUUCUCUUUUCAAAAAUUAUUUAAUUUCAGAACAUCAAUUUCCAGUCUAUUUGGCAUAUUUGUAAUGUAUGUCAAAUUCUUCAAAUAUGUAAAUAUGAUCAAAUUGGAUUUCAAUAUUUGUUAAAUCUAGAUCAUUUCUUAUGUUUCAUUACAACCAAAAGUAAAGGGUAAUGAUUUAUGAAAGUUAGGACACUGAUUUCAAAAAUAUCAUAGGGGAGAUAGCAUCUAUAAAAAUUGUUUGAGGCCCCUUUAUGGGAGGAAGUUUUGAAAUAAUAUAAAAACUUUUUAUCAAUUAAUGGCACAGGCCUGAGUCCUUUAGUUUUAUAAUUUAAUAUUAGUGAACACAUUCACGGAUGACAUUUGUUAUUUAAAAUUUAAAUAACUUUCAGAUAAAGUAAGUGCGUUAUAUUAGGAAUUAGUAAUGUAUUUUAAUACUGGCAAAUGUCAAUCAUAGAUUCUAUAAUCACAAAUAUCUGUUUUCAAGCUUUGCUGAUGUCACCAAAAAAAGUCUUUUAUAAACGAUAAAAUCUAUGAUUGAAAUUGGGCAGUAUAGAAAUAUGAUACAUUUUUCAAUAAUUAAUAAGCAAUACAAUCUUAUAAUAUUGUAAGUUCUAGUUUCAAUAGUGUGUCAGUACCUGAUAAAAGUUCAAAGAUUUUUUUUUUAAUGAGAGUCUGAGAGUCUAUUUUCUCACAUAUUACAUUUUUGAAAUGAAGACAAUCUAUUUUUUGACAUACUGUAAAUUCAGAAAUUAA